AUGAUCGGCAAUCUAGGUUCCUAUCUGCAGCACUGCACUUCGCUGAUCUUAUGGCGCAAGUCACCUUCUACCGAAAAUGGGUAUCUUGUCAUGUCAGCUGUGCAUAAAUACUCCUCAAGUCGUUCGUCGAUCAGUAAUUCCUUCUUCCUCACCACCACCAUGUCUGCGUAUCCAAGGAAGGCCGAUUACCCGACACCUGAGAUGUUUCCAGGCGCCCAUUUCCCCCCGCCAUACCAUCCUGAAGGGCCCGAAAAGCCCCAGAUGCCCGAGAGACCGUCGCGGUACCCGGAACAGAGGUACAAAGAUAACUACAAAGAUAACUAUCCGCGAUCAGCGAAGAUUAACCACAAGGUGGAGGUCUGCAUACGUGCGGACGUCUGGGUGAUUGGGUUUGUAGUUGGAGCCGUUCACCUGUUGGAUAGGAUAACGGGUCGUGGAGGAUACCAUGUACGAUAUAUCCAGCCUGCGUCCGGCGAAUGGACGACAGACGCAUUCCCCUACGAGAAAGUCCGAGCCGCUGACCGCGAUUGA